AUGGAUGGAUCUCGACUGAUGGCUCCGCUCCAUUACAUCCAGUCAAAAGCUUCUUCAUCCAUAGUUAAGAUUCGUUCGCAAGAACAACUAAUGAAUAUGUUCCCCAUGUCGCUCUCAAAGAAAAAAGAAGAUGAGAAGGAGAAAAAAUUUCUCGGUCGACUUUCAUACAAAUUGGAUUACGAUUUCGAUAAAAAUGCGCUGACAGUUGUCAUAGUACAAGCCGAAGAAUUGCCUGCAAUGGAUCUCGGCGGUACCUCAGAUCCUUAUGUGAAACUGUUUCUUCUUCCCGAUAAGAAGAAGAAGUUCCAGACGAAAGUUCAACGGAAGUCCCUCAAUCCUGUUUUCAACGAAAGUUUCACAUUCAAGAUACCGUACAAUGAAAUAGGCGGUCAGACCUUGGUGUUGAAUGUUUUCGAUUUUGAUCGAUUUGGAAAACAUGACCAGAUUGGUCAGGUCUCGAUCCCCCUCGGCAAAAUUGAUCUUGCUGCGACUAUCGAGAAAACAGUAAAUAUUGAAAGCCCACCGGAGAACCGUCUUGGCGAAGUUUGCUUGGCGUUACGUUACGUUCCGAAUAAGAACAAACUUUCUGUUGUCGUUAUGGAGUGCAAAAAUUUGAAGAAAAUGGACGUUUUAGGUUUAUCAGAUCCAUACGUGAAGAUCUACUUGAUGUUACAAAACAAACGGCUUGAAAAGAAGAAGACUACUAUCAAAAUGAAGACUUUAAAUCCAUACUACAACGAAUCGUUUAGUUUCGACGUAACACCAGAGAAAAUGCAGAGGGUCCAUCUUCACGUCACCGUGUCCGAUUAUGACAGAGUUGGUUCGAACGAAAGAAUAGGACAGGUGAUCAUCGGAGCAAACGCCUCUGGAGUUGCGUUGAAGCAGUGGACGGACAUGCUGGCCACGCCAAGGAGAUCGGUCGCCCAAUGGCACACUCUGAUGCCGUUCAACGACGAUUAG